AAAAAUUUUCUUUGACAUUCAAUUUUUGACAUUAUCUUGUAUUCUCAUAUUAUUUUUCAUUUUUAUUGUAAUUCGAUGAAUUUCUUCAUGUUAUUUUUACCAAUACAACAGCAAAAAAAUGAUAGUACUACAUUAUUUACAAUUUAUUAUCCUAAGCAUAUGCAUUAAUUCAUUCACUUUAUAUAUUUAUCUUGUUUACUACACUGAUCUUUUCUCGUCUGCGUUAUUUCAAGACAUCGAACCAGAAUACGACUUUAUUAUUGUUGGCUCUGGGACUGCAGGCUCAGUCAUAGCACACAGAAUAGCAACAGAAACGAAUUACACUUUCAUUGUACUUGAAGCGGGGGCCAAAGGGAAUGUGUUAUUUGAAAUACCUGUACUUGGACCCCUUUUGCAUGGGUCCAUUUAUGAUUGGCAGUAUGAGACUGUGCCACAGGAAAAUGCAUGCUAUGCUUUUAACAGUAAGAAAUGCAAAUUGUUCCAAGGAAAAAUUAUUGGAGGCUCAUCGAAACUCAACAACAUGGUUCAUGUAAGAGGCAAUAUAUCACAUUAUGUUGAUUGGUUCCAUGGAAAGUUCAGUCAUGCAUUUUUCCAAAAACAAUUUGAGUUUAUUGAAAAUAACAUUUUGAAUAUAGAUGAGAUACAGUAUCAAAGUGAAAUGACCAAUGCUGUGUUAGAAGCAGCUAAAAAAUUAGGAUAUAAUGAAAUAGAUUUAGAAAGUGCAAACGGUUUUAAAAGAAGUAAGGUCUCUCAAAAACAUGGCGGAAGAUGGUCCUCCUCUGACAAUUUAGAUAUGAAACAUAUUGUGACUAAUGUUUUAGUUGAAAAAGUUUUAGUAAAAGAAAAUGUAGCUUAUGGGGUGGAACUUUUAAAAUCAAAUAGAAAAAUGGAAGUGUUUGCCAGAAAAGGUGUAAUCUUAUCAAGUGGAACAUACAACACACCUAAAUUACUUCAGCUUUCAGGAAUUGGUCCUUCAGAAUUACUGAAAUCAUUGGACAUUCCAAUUAUAGUUGAUUUACCUGUUGGUAAAAAUUUACAGGAUCAUGUAACAACAGGACUAGAUUUAAUAUUAUUUAAUAAAUCACUUUCUGUAAGCAUAGACAACAUGCUGAACUUAUUUCAUGCAGCAAAUUACUUUAUUAAUGGCAAAGGGCCAUUUACAACGCCAGGUUGUGAAGUAGUUGGUUUCAUGUCAACAACAAAUGCAGAAACUCCUGAUUUGCAGUUCAUGGUGUUGCCAGUCGGAAUAUCAUCAGAUAAGGGUAGCCAUUUCAAAAAAAGUUUAAGCGUUAAUGAAACAGUAUGGAACAACUAUUUUGCUAAAACCUAUGAUUGGCAUACGGCUACUAUUUUACCAAUAGUAUUACAUCCAAAGAGCAAAGGGCAAGUUUUAAUACAGAGUAAAGACCCCAAAGAUGCUCCGUUGAUUGAUCCAAAAUAUUUAUCAGUUAAAGAUGAUAUAGUCACACUAAUUAGAGGCUUAAAACUAGUAAAACAAUUCAUUGAAACAGAUGCCAUGAGGAAUCUUGGUGCAUCUAUAAAUCAAAUGCCAUUUCCUGGGUGCCAUAAUUAUGAAAUAUUCUCAGACAAGUAUUGGGAAUGUUAUAUCAAACAAUUGACUUUAACAAGUUACCAUCCAGUUGGUACAUGUUUUAUGGGGUUACCAUAUGCAAAUACUACUGUUGUUGAUACAUCAUUUAAAGUUGUUGGACUGGAAAAAUUAUUUGUAGCCGAUGGUUCAGUGUUGCCAACAUUACCAAAUGGAAAUAUAAAUGCAGCUAUAGCAAUGAUGGCUAGUAUAUUUUUUGAUAUAAACAUUAAAACAAAGACUGACGCAAAGCUUAGUAGAACAAAUAUUUGUAGUAAAUAUGAGUUUAUACAUGAACUUGUACAUAGCAUAUGUGUUUUGUAAUAAAACUGUGAUAUUAUUAAUGAUAAUAA